AUGAGACUCACAUUCUUUGCUAUGUUCAUUUUCUUUGCUCUUUUCAUCUCCUUAGGGUUUCUCUUUCUCUCCUUUCUCUCCUCACUCAACAACACUAAUAAACCCAAACAUUCACCCUUGUCCUCAACCCAUUCCCCUCCUUCAUACCCAAUCAUUGGUUGCCUCAUCUCUUUCUACCAAAACCGCCACCGUCUUCUUGACUGGUACACCCAACACUUGUCCCAAUCCCCGACCCAAACCAUCGUGGUGCGCCGCCUCGGCUCACGGCACACCAUCGUCACCGCGAAUCCUAUUAACAUUGAGUACAUCCUGAAGACCAAUUUCAAAAACUUCCCCAAAGGAAAACCCUUCACUGAAAUCCUGGGUGACCUUCUUGGUUGUGGCAUAUUCAACGUGGACGGCGAGUUAUGGUCCACACAGCGCAAAUUAGCGAGCCACGAGUUCAGCACAAGGUCCCUCAAAGAGUUCAUCGUUAAAACCCUCGAAGAAGAAGUCCAACAGAGGCUAAUUCCAUUGCUAGAAAGUGCUUCCAAUAACAACAACGUUUUGGACUUGCAAGAUAUAUUAAGAAGACUCACAUUUGAUACUAUUUGUAAAGUCUCAUUAGGCAAUGAUCCUUGUUGCUUAGACCUAUCUAAACCCUUGCCACCACUUUUAACCGCAUUUGACACGGCUUCUGAGAUAAGCGCCAUGCGUGCAACCGCACCAUUGUUUCUCAUGUGGAAGAUCAAAAGAGCAUUGAAUUUAGGCUCCGAGAAAUCACUCAAAGAAGCCGUUAAACUCGUUCACGAGUCGGUUCACAAGAUGAUUGCUAUCAAGAAGAAAGAAAUCAGGAGUGUUAGGAAGGGUGAUGCUGGCAAUGAUUUGUUGACAAAGUUGUUGGAGAUGGGGCAUGAUGAAAUCAUGGUGAGGGAUAUGGUUAUAAGCAUGAUAAUGGCGGGGAGAGACACGACAUCGGCGGCGAUGACGUGGCUCUUUUGGUUGCUAUCGGAACAACCAAGCAAAGCGGAAUUGAUAGUGAAGGAAGUGAAGGAAGUUUUUGGAGGAAAAAAUAAUGGAGGAGAAGUAGAUGAGUUGAUGAGACCUUUUGAUUAUGAGGGUUUGAAAGAAAUGAAGUUUUUGAAAGCUUGUUUGUGUGAAUCUAUGAGGUUGUAUCCACCAGUGGCAUGGGAUUCAAAGCAUGCUGCUAGUGAGGAUGUGUUGCCUGAUGGCACUUUGGUAAAUAAAGGAGAUAGGGUGACUUAUUUUCCUUAUGGGAUGGGGAGGAUGGAGAUGUUGUGGGGGAAGGAUUUUGAUGAAUUUAAACCGGACAGGUGGUUUAAUGAACCGGGUGAAGAUCACAUUAAUGGGGUUUUGAAAUCAGUGAACCCUUACAAAUUUCCUGUUUUUCAGGCCGGUCCAAGAGUUUGCCUUGGGAAGGAGAUGGCUUUCAUUCAGAUGGAGUAUGUGGUUGCUUCUAUUCUGAACCGGUUUGAGAUUCGGCCUGUUUCGGUGGACCAACCGGUUUUUGUUCCUCUUCUAACGGCUCAUAUGGCUGGUGGGUUCAAAGUUAGGGUCCACAAGAGAACUUAA